GCUGGAGCGCAAAAUGGUGCUGGUGACAAACCGGAGAAAGUGAUAAAGAACGUGGGAAUCGUGCAAAAAUCACGUCUUCCUCGAAGCGGAACGCAACAAGCUGUGGCAACCGUCGCGGUAUCCCGUCAGCCCGCUGUCGCUGCCUUCGAAAUGCGGAUCCGUGACGGUAGACGGUGUUAAAAGUUUGAAAUUAAAUUAACCGGAAAAGAGGGAGAAAAACGUCUAACGCCUCGGGCGAGGAUCGGUCUUUAGGUGAUGCUGGCCACGUGGUGUGACUGUGGGCUCUUGUGUGUGAAUAUUAGGAUCAGAUUGCCCUCGAUUCGUUUCUCUAUUAGGGGUGUCUGUGAAACAUUGCCACGGAAUUGGGGGAAAAUUGAAGCCCGGAAACAUCUGUGAGCCUCUCUUCUUUCGUGAUAUUAAAUUUGCGCAACAAACCAACGGGUUCGACUGUUUUCUUACAAUACAGCGGAAUCAAUAUUACGGCAUGAACAAUCAUCAAACGGCCUUUAAAUGACACAGAGUUUUGCGCCGAUACACCCAAGCUUCUCGUUGCUGACGUGGCACAAAUCAUAGAAUCGUGUUGGGGAUGAAAACAUUGAUCAAGAUCGAACACCGACAGCAAAAGGAUGCAGCAACAAGAGAAGCGGCGCGAGCUGCGCUUAAAACGUUUUUGGCGUACCACAACCAAACCGCCGACCUCGUCCGAAGAGUCCGGCGGAUGCGAAAGUCCUACAAAACUAGGACGAAAAGCCUUUCAGCAACCAUUCGGUGGCACCCCGGCCACAACCAGCAGCAGUAGCGAAAGUCCCCCGAAACAUCCAGUCUGUUCGCUACCUUUGCUGCAGGUUUGGCCAAGCCAAGACUCACCGCGUGGUGAGGCCGACGGCCAAAGCUUCGUCUUUCCUAUCGUAACGGAUGAUCAGCAAAACAAUGGACGACGGAAUUCGCUGUUUGUUGAUCAGCUACACGCGGGGGACAGUGGCAUCGACUCCGUACAAGCGUCUCCGUCUCCGAUCGCGAUGCCAUGCCAUCCGCUCGUCGUCUCCAAUGCCAUCUCGCCAAGUGCAUCGCCGGCUGGCUCUCCGACACCAUCGGUGGAAAGGGCCAACAGACGGCCCUCUACCUCGUUGCUGCAUCCGGACCACGCACGAAUCUUUGCGCUGCGUGCUCCCACAUCUCCGGACCAAGUGAGCCUGGCCAGCUUGCCGUUAUUCGACUGUCACAGGGCAUCCUCUUCUACAACUACCCAUCCUUUCCAGACUUCCUUAGAGGACAACACGGAAUUCAACGGACCUAGUACCAGCAACCAACUCUGUACAGCCAGCUCCAGUACUACUUCAUCGCUCACUUCGGUAGCUGUUGCCACGCUAGGGCAUCAUCCACAAAGGUCAUCCGAUCCCUGGCUAAGACCGGAACGCGACAAAGAUAAUCCUGAGCUAGAUCAAAGGCGUGCCUCAAUGAUGACCGCACGGCUGUCCCUGUUCGAUGCCCUUGAUCUGGAGUACGCCCUGUUGAGGGCAGCGGCUCGUGGAUCCGUCGGUCCUUACUCGCUCAGCGAGUCUCUCCACAAGCUCACCUUCACGCAAUCGCUCGCUUUCCCAGCGUUGGCCCGCGGUCUCGCCACCAAACGGCGCAACUCGACCGAGCAGAGCUCUUCCCGGCCACUAAACCCCAACGAGUCGGGUCUGAACACGUUCGCAAAGGUCGUGACGGCUUGUGUUCUAGUGAUGGUUAGCUUUCUGGUGUUUCUCGUGGUGUACAAGUACGUACGGACGUGAGGGUUACUCCUGGCCCCGACCGAGGUGGCCACAAUUCAGGCGACCACAACCAUCGCCACGACGUUGCACCAGCAGCUCGUGAACAAAACGAUGGUGUCGGGGUUCAGGAAGCUGUUUAACAUUCAACAAACCUAGUGCCCGCUCCCGCAACGGAGCAACGGGAACGAACAGUGGAGGCCGUAGGUCGGGAGUAGUGCCAGAAGGCUGGCCCCAUUUUCAUGUGCUGUGCAUUGUAGUGUAAUCGAAUCAUCAUCGACACGAGACAAUUAAUCCGCUUAAGACAAAUCGAAGAAAUGGUGCCGUACACCUUACGCGUGAAUGCGAAUCCCUUUACGGAUACAGUUGCAGCAAGCAGCUAGCAGCUGAAGCAGGCUGUGGAACCGAUGCGAAUGUGCAUACGAAUGUGAACCAC